UGGGAGCGCGCACGAGCUCGCGCGCACUGUGGCGAGUGUGGACUUGUCUAGGAGCGCGCGCGGGAAUGUUUCAGCGCUUACUCAGCACUGCUUGAGCCAGAGGAAUGAAGGGGAUCGGCGGUGCUGAAAGACAAUUUAAUAUUUAAGCGGAAGGUGUAAAGGCUGUUCUCCAGAGGCGCUUCUGUGUCGUGUUUUUACAAGAGGUUUUGUCACCUUAAGACGGUGAAUCAGGCAAAUCUGUGUUGUAUUCAGUGAGACCACAGCAUCCUCUACUGGUAGCAAUAAGUCACGCCGCCUACACCCUUGCACAGUAUUUGUUUUGUCCCUCUUGCUCACCGUAGUUGUUAUAAUUCCAAAAUGGCGGUAUCCUUGAGGACGAUUUGUACCGCAGUGUCGAUGCAGUCAACAAUACGCUCAUUUUCCUCGACGUGUGUGAGCCAUGCAGGGAAGAAGUGGAGACUGGAAAAUGGUUUAGCACGUACCGGUUCAGAGUACGGACCAAUAACAGAUCUACCUGACUGGUCGUUUGCAGAUGGAAGGCCUGCACCUCCACUGAAAGGACAGAUCCGCAGACAAAAGCAAAGAGAGGAUUUUGCUAGAAGAGCAGUGUAUCUCAAUGCAGAGGUGGAUGAAGGGAUGAAGAAAUGGUGUGAGAGGAAGGUAGCCGAGAAACAGAAAGAAGAGCAUUUGAAAUCCUUAUUGCUGAAACCUAAGGGAAAUUUAUUAUUAAAAAACAAAAAAUAAAUAUAUUUGGGGCAAAAAAA